GUCGCCAUUUGCCUGGUGUCCUGUCAAAGCAUUGUUAAUGCAGAAUAUCGCGAAGUGUACGCGUUUUGCCGUUGGUUGGUGAUAUUACAGGUGGUUCGUUAAAUCAGUUGUUCCGGAAAUGGAUCCAGAAGCGGAAGUUCCAACGGAGAGGGACCCGAGCCAACCAGACCUAGCGAAAAUAUGCCGACUUUGCCUGGCUGAAGAACUUGGCACUGUCCGCAUCUUCAAUGCGAAUGAAAAUACAAAUAUUCCGCUACAAAUCAUGGCUUGUGCGGCUUUGGAGGUCCAUUUAACAGACGCUCUACCAAAGCAAAUUUGCAAUCAGUGUCGCAUUCAACUGGUUCGAUUUUACUGUUUUCGUAAAAGAUGUCAAAUAUCCGACGUAAAGUUACGAAAACAUAUCCGUCUUACCAAUGCGGGAAAAGUAAGUCACGUGUUCAAACCAAAAGAUGAAGAAGACGAUGACGACGAUGAUGAAAAAUUCAAAGAUUCCCUCAAUCUGCUUAAAGAGAUCGAAAAAGAGGAGCAAGAAAAACAAAGCCAAAGAGAUGCCGAACUGGAAGAGAAAAUUAGACAGAAAUUACGUGAAGAGGAAACUAAUAAAAUUUUUGAAGAAGCAAUCACUUUUUUUAAUAAUAAAAUAUCCAAUAAAUCAAAAGCACGUUCCGCAAAUGACAAUGAGACAUCUAAAGCAGAAGCAUCUACAUCUGCCUGGAGUGACGAUAAAAGAGCGGAGACAGAGGAGCAAUCGAAUCCUGUUUUCGAAGAAUUGGUCGAUUCAACAGAAACCGUUUAUAUUGCUUCUCUAAAAGAUGAUGGUGCAAACGGAACCAGUUGCUACAUGAUGAAGGUGAAUAGCAGCAACGAUGCCGACUUUGAAAUGACAGAGGAUAAGAGUUUAGACAAUCAGGAAGACUGCAUGAGUACCUACACUGUGGUUAAAGUUGAAGAUAACAUGGAAUAUGAAACUUUAGAAUUUAACCAUGAAAUUGAAAAUAGCGAGAGUCAAAUGCAACAAGAUUCAGACGAAUACAAUGAGGAGCCAGUUUCCAUUCACGAUGAAAACUCAAAUGCAUCUAAUAUUCAAACUUAUGCUGUGGCAACCGGUGAAGUUGAUGCUGAACAAGAUCAAAAUCAAGAUCAAGAUCAAGAACUGGCAAUCGAUAUACUUCUUCCAACUGAGACUGAUGAAAAUGAUGAGCAAGGCGAAGGUGGCCUAGAAGAUAAAUAUGAAGUUUUGAAACUUGAAGAAUACUUAGAUGAAAAUAGCGAGACUCACAAACAAAACCAAACGGAUUAUUCGGAUUUGAUUGAAGUGAGCAAUCCAACAAAUGCUGAACAGCUGAAAAUCUUCAAAUGUCCCAAAUGUCCACAAGCAUUUACACGGCGAGCGCAACUUUUGCGACAUGCCAGCGUUCAUGACAAAGUUCGGGGCUACCAAUGUGAGCAUUGUAAAAAAUGGUUUGCAUGUAAAAGUUCUAUGGAUCGGCAUAUCAGGAUACAUACAGGAGAGAAACCAUUUCAGUGUGAUAAAUGCUCCCGAAGGUUCAUACAAAAAGAAAUUCUCAAAAGGCAUAUGGCCAUUCAUACGGGCGAGAAACCUUUCCAAUGUCCACAGUGCGAUAAGUCCUUCGUUCAACGUUUAAUGUUAACUCAACACAUAAACUUGAAGCAUACCGAAAACCCUGUAGUACAAAUGCACGAAUGCAGUCUGUGUCCAAAGUCAUUUUGUCAUGCAUCUGGACUCAGUCGACAUCUCCUGUCACAUUCCGGUGUAACGUAUACGUGCAAAAUAUGCGAUAAAAAAUUCAGCGAUAAAAGUGCGGUAAAGCGGCAUACAUCCUCGGUGCAUAUGUAGGCCAGUUUUUUUAAUCAAUUGUAUUUAAUGGAAUAAAGGAAUAGAAAAGUAAACAAAUAUUGAAUAAAAAUAAGGU